UUAGAGGAUGCAGAUUGCAGAUUGGUGGUAUUGCAAUGAAAUGAAAUGAACUGAAAUCGCAACUUCGCGGAGAGAAUAAAUAAUAAAGAAAAGUAAAAAGCGAAUAAUAAGUUUCAUACAAACUUAUGGACUGAAAAAGCACACAAGUCAAUGUAAUAAUAGUUUCAUAGUGGUAACAGUUUUAAAUCAAAUUGAAAUAUUUCAGUGUCUGUGCCAAGGACACAAUUGAGAAAUUAAUGUUUAUCUCGCUAAGACGCCUCAAUUUUACACCGUGCAUUUUGUUUUUACGCUAAAGAAUGACUACUUCGUCAGAAGAUGUGUUGCUUAGUGUUAACCAUGUGCGUUAUAAAAAGGGCGAUGGGACACUGUAUGUAAUGAAUCAAAGACUAGCCUGGAUGCUUGAGAAUCGAGACACCGUUGCUGUAUCUCAUAAAUAUGCUGAUAUUAAAACUCAAAAAAUAUCUCCCGCUGGGAAACCAAAGGUGCAAUUACAAGUGGUAUUGCAUGAUGGCACUUGUUCAACUUUUCAUUUCGUUAACUCUGCUGGAGCAGAAGCACAGGCUAAAGACAGGGAUCGAGUUAAGAUGUUGUUACAGAAUCUUCUUCCUAAAUUUAAGAGACAAAUAGAUGGAGAAUUAGAAAUGAAAUCUAGGUUAUUAUCAUUACAUCCUAUUUUGAAGCAUUUAUAUGAAGACUUAGUUAUAUCAAAAGUUAUUAAUAGUGAAGAAUACUGGAAUACCCCAACAUUAAAACAUUAUACAGAAUCUACUAAUUUGAAGCAAGAAGCUGGUGUAUCUGGAGCAUUUCUAGCAGAUAUUCAGCCACAAACAGAUGGCUGUAAUGGUCUUAAAUACAAUCUCACACAAGAUAUCAUAGAUGCAAUAUUUAAAACAUACCCGGCUGUGAGAAAGAAACAUGUAGAUUAUGUUCCUAAUAAAAUGACUGAGGCAGAGUUUUGGACUAAGUUUUUUCAAUCACAUUAUUUUCAUAGGGAUCGUAUAGCAUCAUCAUCUAGUAAAGAUCUGUUUGGAGAGUGUGCCAAAAUGGAUGAUCAGGCGAUCGCGUCCGCAAUGAAACAUACCACCUUAGAUCUCACAGUUGAUUUACCACACUUUACAGAACCAGUUCCCCUUUUACCUGAUGAGGAAUACACAGAAAAAGAAAAGGACAGUAAUUCCAUUCAUCGCAGCAUGAUAAAACGGUUUAACCAACACUCAAUUAUGGUGCUUAAAGCUAGUCACAAAAAUUCAAGCAGUAGUAACAAUAAAUCAACAAAUAAUAACAAAGCUGAAAACGGCGUUAAAGAGGCAAAUGGAAUAGACAAGCGAUCAAUGGAUGAGAGUGAACCCGUGGACAAAAAAAGGAGAAUAUUAGAAAAAAUUAAAUAUGAAGACUUGGACGAUGAGAACGAUACUAAUCGUGCGCCGGAGUUGAAAUUGUCUAAGGUCGAACGGUAUUUAUUAGGUCCAUCUUCACAAGUAACACAAUCUACUUCAAGUAGCAAUAACCCACCGCCACUGUCAGCGUUGUCGUCUAUAUGUCAGGCGUGGUCAAACGGUCAGCAAUGCCUGCGUCCGUUUCGUGUAAGUGCUGCGGCGGCAGUAGGGGCUUUGGGAGAACUCAGUCCCGGAGGCGCACUUAUGAGACAACACCACGCUGCAUCUAUGGCUCAGUUAAUACCAUCGGACAUUAAAUUAGAGUUACACCGUAUAUACUACUCGGGCGGGGAGUUACUCCGGGAACUCUGGCGAUGUUUCCCACAACCCGGCGCCGGCACAGAUACAGAGGAUCAUGCGGCGAAGGCCGAAAAAUUCUAUGAAGCGCUACUACGCUUUAGAAACGUCAAAUUGCGGCCAUUUGAGGAAAAAAUGCUUCGUGACCUUACGCCACUAGCGACAUCUUUAACGCGACAUAUGAACCAAAUGAUAGACGCUGCCUGUUCCAAAUACGCCCUUUGGCAGCAGAGACAAGCGAAACUUAGAUAGUACAUGCACAAAAUUAAAUUCUAAUACAGGGUGGUCGCUAUUGUAUCAAAAAUAAAUACUGAUUCAAUAAAGAUUUUCUCUAUGAAAAUUUUUGUUUCGAAAUAAAUUUGCAGCUUUUGAAACAUUGCACACAGGUAAAAACGUGUAUUUAAAAUUACUUAUACCAAAUCUUUGAAAAGUAAAUAAAAAUUAACUAAUGAAAUUUUGUUAAAAAACGCGAAUUCUUACCCGUGUCAGUUAAGAUUUUCUAAUAAAUAAUGCAACUACAUAAUCUUUCUGAAAUAUUUAUUAAAUACUAGCGGUUUCUCACAGAUGGAUUUUUUUCUAAUUAUGUAAGAAUUCUUGCAGUUUCAGUUAAUUCGUUACAAAAGACAAACCUUUCCAUUUCUCUUUUCUUUCAUUGUAUGAGUUUAGACGGAGAAUCUAACGGUUUUUGUUUUAAACUGUGUUGAAGUAAAAUCCGAAACGGGUUUUUAGUCUUAUCAACAUUUCAGUAUCACGAAUUCAUUUGACAUAUAAGUUAACGCUUAUGUCAGCUGAUCUGAAAAUUGACAUGAUGCGUGACAUUGCGAAUUCUAUGUCUUAUACCUCUUAGUACAUAUUUAUAUUUAUUGCUACUUUUUAACAUUAUUUUUUCUAGCAUUUGUGUUCCUACGUCAUAGACAAGAAUUAAUUCACUAGCUUUUUCGAAUAUUUUAAUAUUUGUAAAACAUUAAAUUUGUAAAUAAUUCGACAAUAACUCUUAGAUAUAAGCGGAAGUCAAAAUUAAUUGUUACCAUUGGCUAUACUAAAUUAAGUUUAACGUCCUUUAAAAGCGUUUUAUGGGUUUUAUCAACAAUAUUAGCGAUAUUUUUAUUUAAUUGAAUAUUUUAAGGAUUUUUUACGUAAUACCUGUUCUAAAAAUAACAAGAAUCCCAAUCUCGUUAUACUAACAGUGCGUAAUAAAUAACCACGUUUACCUAAAGAAAUAUCUUGCAAAAUUCUUAAACUGUAAUUGUAUCAAUGUUUUGAAAUGUAUAUGUAACAAAAUGUAUGUGAAUAGAUAUAUAACAGUUAGAACUGCUAAAAAGUCUUAAAUACGACCUAACUAAAUCGUGUGUAAAUAUUUAUUUUUCAAGAAUUCAUAGUUUAUUUUGCUUACCAUAUAAGUGAGAGUUCAAAGUCGAGACUUACUGUUAAAUACGACUCCUAUUUCUCAAAAACGUAUUGGGUAUUAAUAUACUAAAAAAAUCUUAAUCUACACUUAUAGAUUACCGAUAAAUAUAUAUUAUAUAACCCUUAGCCAUUGAAAAAUGCUAAAUUCAACUUAACAUGUUUAGGUAACUGAGUCAUAGAUGGCGUGCAAUGCAUUUAUAAUAUUAAAACCUACAUAGGAUACAGAAACCUAAAGUGAUGAUUUUAUUGUAACAGAUUCUCUAAAUUUCGUUUUAGUGAGACUGGAAAUGUAUAAAUAAAUUUUUUGU